GAGAGGACCUUCGACAGGAGUUGUGCGGAUAUUUAAUGGAAUAGUCCAAAAAUAGAAGACUUAAGACUAUAUACGUGAGUCUUGAUAUCAACACAUGAUCCAGUCGAACCUUAUAAGUUAUAAACUAGAAUGUCUGCACGACUCCGACGCAUCCCAGGACAAGUGGAUUUAGUAUUUGUUAUGGGCUGCACCGAAUCAAUGAGAAAUAUUAUCAGCGAUGCAGCGGGAAUUCUACGUCGUAUCGCACAAGGAUUACGACAAUUGGCCUCAAGUGAUGUUCGUAUUGCGUUAGUACGAUAUCGAGGUCGUGAUGAUCCCUAUCAAGGCAACAAUUAUCGUCUUCAAUCUUAUAGAUUUUCAGGAAAUUCGCACGGAUGGUUUAACGAUAGAAUGUAUUGUGGGGGUACUAACUCGUCCGAUGCAAUGGCUGAUGGCUUGAAUGAGGUUCUUCGUUUGUCUUUCCGACCAACUGCCACAAAGAUUUGUUUCUGGAUUGGGGACUGGAAUCUCCAAGGCAAUCAGGAUCUUUCCGAGAUAUGUCACCAAAUGGUACCCAGGGAAAUUGUUUUACACUGUAUUGGAUGUAACCAACCGAAUACUGCCGAUGCAGAGAGUCCAUGGGACUUUAUGGGUGUUACAGGUGGUCAAUACACCUCUGUGGAACAAAUAAGUGAUAUUUUACUGGUUAUUUUUCGUUUGGUUCAAGAAGAGAUCCUAAUAGACAACGCAAUCGGCCAUACGCCAGAUUUCAUCAUGUCGGAACGUCGAAAUAACCCUAACGUGACUGAGAGUGAACUAGCAGAAAGUCUUAGAGACGCGGUAGCUGAACUAAGGAAUAACAAUGGACAAAAUUGGGGACUAAAUAACCAACAGAAUCUUUCGGUGUAUACUGCUGCUUAUCCGAUUUUACAUUGCCCAUUUCCUGAAACAAUUGCUGAAUUGAUGAAAGAGCCUGUUGUAAAACAAUCGCAUAUAGAAAGUGAUGGAGAUUGGCUACUUAAGUUAAUAAGGAGAAUAUUGGCUGUCGUGAGUGUUGUCGCAUGAAAACUGCGUUUUAUUUUUGCGUUCUAAGCAAACCGCCGUUACACUCUAGAUGCAAAUUGCUAAAAAUAUCACGUUAUAAAAAAGAAUCUAUACACUGACUAAAAACUUACGUUUAAUAGUCCCGCUUGUCGAGACGAUGUGCAAACCACGAUAUCCACUAUUGGUGCGACUAUACGAAAUACUUGUAAUAAACAAACCAAAAAUAACGGGCACGCAAAUUUUCUGCGUGGUAUUGCUUCAUCGUUGCUUCGGUAUUAGCGGAGUUUAAGGCCGGUUUUCCACUUCAAUCGUAACGUAACGUAACGUAGCGUAUUUCUUCUUUCCGAGAUAUUCGACCAGAACUUAAGACUUUAAAACAAUGAGAUACGCUACGUUUCUCUACGAUUGAAGUGGAAAACGUCCUUAAGAUGCACUAAAUCUACGACGCGGACGUGACAUGAAAAUCGCUACGACUGUGAAGAAA